CCACACUUUCUGGGCAAGAAGAAGCAGCUGCAUUUUCCCCACUCAAAACCAGAAAACAUUUAUUUUUUUGGUUUUAUAACUGAAAAUCGGGUUAAUUUGUGUCCAACCUGCUGAAAGAUGUACCUCUCGCGCCAGUUGAGAUUGCUGCCCAGGGCGAAUGUCGCGCGCAGCUUGAGUUCCAGCGGAGCACAUUACACAACAGCGGCGCCGGCGGAGGAAUCCCCCAUUGAGAUUCCCAAUCGGAUCGAGCGCUCGCCCACCGAUCUUCUCCAGGCGCUGGCCGCCACCGUGGGCAGGGACCACACGGCGCCGCACUACAAAUACCAUGACGAUCCAUUCCUGAUACCCAUGUCCAAUGCGGCGAAACGCACAUAUGCCCUGUCCAAGGAGUCGGGACGCAAGGCGGCCAAGUGGAUCAAGGAGGAGCACCGCGAUCUGUUCAUGCACCAAGAAGCCCAGCCAGCCAUCGAGAAAUUCGCACCCAGCAUGGUCUACACCGAGGAUUCCCAGGUGGAGGAGAGCUCUUUGCGCCAACUGAUUGCCCAGGGUGAGCUCAAGGAUGCCGUCCUGGUCUACGACCUGCUAGUGAAAAAAGGAACUACCAUCAGCGCCGAUCUUAAGCAGAGCCUUCUGGAGCUGGUGUGCUUCCACAACAAUCAGGAUCCGCUGCCGGAGGAGUACAUCGAGGAGCGCUGGUUCAUGCAGAACAACCGGAGACGCGAGCGCACCGGCAAGACCUGGAAGGAUGGCGAUCUGGCCGAGAAACUGUACUCGGAAAUCGAACCAAAGACGCCGCAAUCGUAUGCCUCGCUCAUCCGCGGCAUGGCCAAGUAUUUGCAGUGCGAGCGGGCCUAUGCUUUGCUCCAGGAAGCCGGAGAGAAGCGAAUCCAACUGGACACGAACACCUUCAAUUCGAUUAUUCAAAUAGUGAGCUUCCUAAAGGACACGGCCGAGCAGCGUUGGCAGCUCUGCACGGAGCUGCUGCAGGAGAUGUCGCAGCAGAAGCUGCGGCCCAAUUUGGCCACCCUUAACGCGGUGCUUCAGUGCAUCAGCACCUUCGGCAACUUUAAGCUGGCACGCACCGCUGCCCUCCAGGUUCUGCCGGAAUUCAAGCAACUGGGCGUGAGUCCCAGCCUGGGCACCUACUACUAUCUCCUGAUCAUCUUCUGCCGCGAAAGGGGACCAGUGUCGCACGUUAUUGUGGACAUUCUUAACGAUAUCGCCGGCAAGGAGUUCGAGAUCCAGCAUCCCCAGGACACGUACUUCUUUGCCACCGCCAUGGACGUGUGUCGCAAUCAUUUGCACGACAAAUCGCUGGCCAAGAAGGUGGACGAGCUGCUGCACACGGGCAAGAACUAUGAUUUGAUAGGCGACUCGUUUAAGGAGUCAAUCUACUACCGCAAUUACUUGGCCCUCCUUUGUCAAACCGAAUCGAUCGAUGACUUUAUGCUCACCUACGAUCUGCUGGUGCCCAACAUCUACAUCCCCGAGCCGGGAAUCAUGGAGGAGAUCCUGAGAGCCAUCGAGAUCAACGGCGGUGUGGAGCAUGUGCCUCGCAUCUGGUCGGAUAUGGUGGUGUUUGAUCACACGCACCGCGAGAGCCUUCUGCUGUGCGUGCUCCGCAUCUUGGUGGACAAUAAGCCGAAUCUGGAUUCUCCUACUCAGCAACAGCUACCUGAGCAGGGCGCCAAGGUGGCCCUAGAUAUGUACGAGAAGAUUGAGGACUCCAUUCGGCGCCUCCGGAAGGUCUCCUUCACCGGCCAAAUGCUGGGAGAUAUCCUCACGCUGCUCGUUCGUGGUGGCAACUACGAAAAGGCGGUAGAGGUGUUCGCCCACAUAGACAAAAACCAGCACAGAAUUCCCGGAACACCAGCGGAAAGUGCUCUGCAAGAGUUUGUGGAGGCCAGUGUGCAGGAGAAGUCACCCAGUCAGGCGCUGGUUGCCCUGCAAUACGCCGUUGAAAAUAACAUAGAUUCCCGGGCAUUGGCCAAACGCAUCCACGAAGGAUUUACCCUGAACGAAACACACCUGUCCAAGCUGAAAUCGCUGGUGGGCGAAAGUUUCCUCGAUAAGUAAUAAAGUAAAAAGUCUUGUGUUAAUAAUAUACUUUUGUAAUUGAUCUAACGAAAAUUGUUAAAAUAUCAUGAAACUUAAAACAAGUUUUUUGGUUCAAUAAAAACCAAUAGUUAAAUACAGA